UAUAUUUUUGAAUAUUAUUAGGUUUGUGUCAUGGAGAUGCCAGAAAUGCCUGCUGUGCUGGCACUGUGUGUAGAAAAGAACCUUGUGUGUUACCUAGUGGAAGCUGAGCUGCGUCACCUCUUACCACUGAGUGUACAUCCUGAACUCUCUGUGGACUCCAGAUUGUGCUGUGAUGGGAAUAUACUGGUAAUUUCUCAAAUGGUAGAUGAGCAUAAUCUUGCCAUCUAUGAAGCCUCUUUGCUACUUCAGAAAAAAAGAAUUGAACUCACCCACAAAGGACGCAUCAGGACAGGUUCACCUCCUCUCUACUGGGACCUGUGGAAUGGAUUUGUGACCACCAUAGUCUCUGGUGGUCAUGUAUCCUCAUACACUUUAUCUGGCAGCUUGAUUGGUGAGUCACCAUUAUACAAGGACCUUCGCUAUCCAAAUCCAACCCUUCUCUCACGGGGACUCGUUUUUGCUUCGACAAUCACGUCUAGAACACUUUUAUCAUACUGGCACAUGGAUCGUGAACGUGAUUAUUGGCUGGUUGGUGAAAGUAUCUUGACGAGCUGGAUACAGCGAGGAUCACAGGCUGUGGGUAACACAGGACUUAUUACAGGAAGUGAAGAUGAAAACUGUGACACUGAGUCAUCUUCACCAGGAAAUAUUGCUGGAGCAGUUAGAAAUUCUAUUUCCAAUACUGAGGUCACCCUGCCUCGGUGAGAGACAGCCGGUGCAUUGAAAAAAUGAAUGUAUACACCUACCAUCCGACUUACGACCGAGUUUGGUUCCGAGAAACCAGUCCCUGCUAGUAGUUGUAUAGUGACACUAGCCAAGGUGAGGAUAGGCGCAACCAUGCUGCUUGAGGUAACAGUGGUUCACUACAAACGAGGCCUCGUUUUUUGUGGCACCAGUCAAGG